GUUUUAGGUCUCUGUCUCCUCUCUCUUCCUUCACUUGCUUCCUCUUCUUCUUCUUCUUCCUCUCUUCCUUUUCUUUCCCUGCACUCCAUCCUCCCUUCACUCUCUUUCUCUUCUCUAUUUAUCAAUUCUUCUACAAGCUACCUCUCCCUUCUUCCUUCUCAUCGUCUUUGUCCUCUUUUUCGUUAUCUUAUUUCUUUACAUAACACCUCUUUUCCUUAAAAAAACCAUAAACAAAAGCAAGUGAAAAAGAACACACGCUCCUAGUAUUACUAUUUAUUAUUAUCGACACCCCAAAAUGGUAAACUACCAUUUUUUAUUUUUGUUUGUUUUCUUUCAACAAAAAUUCAAUACCUCUCUCUUCCUUUCAUGUGUCUAUGUCUAUGGCUGGUUUGGAUUUAGGCACGGCUUCGCGCUUCGUUCAAAGUCUCCAAAGACCAGACUUUAACCAACAACACCACCAGCACGAACCUCGGGAAGACGACAAACAGUCAGACCCUUUUUCGACCGAAGAUGGGGCGCAACAAGCCAGCCCCGGCGACGUGGUCGGGCGGCGGCCGCGAGGGCGGCCGGCGGGAUCGAAGAACAAGCCGAAGCCGCCGGUGAUCAUCACCAGGGAGAGCGCCAACACGCUCCGCGCGCACAUCCUCGAGGUGGGCAGCGGCUGCGACGUGUUCGACAGCGUCGCCAGUUACGCGCGGCGGCGGCAACGCGGGAUCUGUAUUUUGAGCGGCAGCGGCACCGUGACGAAUGUAACCCUGCGGCAGCCGGCGGCGUCGGGGGCGGUGGUGACUCUUCACGGGAGGUUCGAAAUACUGUCGCUGACGGGAUCGUUCCUUCCUCCGCCGGCGCCACCGGGAGCAACAAGUCUGAGCGUAUACCUGGCCGGAGGACAGGGGCAGGUGGUGGGUGGGAGUGUGGUGGGAGAGUUGACCGCGGCGGGACCGGUGAUCGUGAUCGCAGCGUCGUUCACCAACGUGGCUUAUGAACGGUUACCGUUAGAAGAAGAAGAGGAACAGGUUCAGAUAUCCGGUGGUGCCGGUGUGGGAAAUAAUAGUAAUAAUAUUAUUAACAAUAACCCUUUUCCCGAUCCUUCUUCGGGACUCCCUUUCUUCAGUUUGCCCAUGAAUGUUCAGUUCCCGGUGGAUGGUUGGGCGGGAAACUCAGGUUCACGUUCACCAUUUUGAUCGCUCCAAAACGGAGUCGUUUUCAACCUUUGUUACUGUCUCUUACAUCUUACUCUAAUGUGAGAUUAAUUGAUUUAUCAUUAGAUGUUGCCAAUCGAUGAAGAUGUGUUGUUCAAUUCAGGUCAGCCAUUUCAUGUACUUCACACAAAUUUAUAUAUGCUGUGUUACAGUUGCUGUUCUUUUCCUGCUACGAAGGAUGUGUGUUGUUGUAGUUGUUAUAUUUUUUUAGUGUAACAGGUUUUCCAUUUUAUCUCUGAGAUCCUUCUCUUUUGUGGAGCCAUGUAUAUGAUAUAUGACUGAUAUAUAAUCUCUUGAUUA